AUGGGAAGACUGAACAAGCUUCAAGCUCUUUAUCUUGAAAAUAAUAGACUAGAAGGUUCCAUCCCAUCUGAUCUUUGUCAAUUAAAGAGCUUGUCUGAGUUGUAUUUAACAGAUAAUACGCUUUUUGGACCUAUUCUUGCAUGUGUCUUGAGAGUAUUAGAUUUAUCAAGAAAUCUACUAUCGGGUGAUAUCGCAACAACAAUAUUAUGUGGCCUCAAAGAUAUGGCUAAUCUAUCCUUGGCAGGCAAUCAAUUAGAAGGUCCAAUUCUUGAAUCUUUUGGUGAAUUGGUAAGCUUGGAAUUUUUGAAUCUUUCAAGUAACAGUUUAUCUGGAGAGAUUCCCAACUCCUUAAAAGCACUUUUGUACCUCAAAUGUCUAAAUGUCUCUUUCAAUAGACUACGAGGAAAAAUUACUGUAGGACGACCAUUUGUACACUUAUUUGCUGCAUCAUUUAUGUCAAAUGAUGGAAUUUGUGGUGCUCUCCAAUUGCAAGUUACCCCAUGUAAAGAAGUGGAGGCUAAAUCACUACCACUAGCAACAUGGAGAAGAAUUUUCCAACAAGAACUUUUACAAGCAACAGAAGGGUUCAAUGCAAACAACUUAUUAGGUAAAGGGAGUUUUGAAUCAGUAUAUCGAGGGACACUUUCAGAUGGAAUGAUUGUUGCAAUAAAAGUUUUCAACUUGGAAGUGGUAGGGGCUUUCAAGAGUUUUGAUACAGAGUGUGGGGUACUAUGCAAUAUUCAUCAUCGAAAUCUUCUCUAA